AUGGAUGAUUUAGAUGAGAACCUUAGGAAAGGAGCCCGAACUCCCGAUGGUGCCAUCGCUUGUGAACACGAGGCCGAGGGUCACGAACGUGGGUCAGAUCAUCGCCUAGCCUCUAUGCGCGCACUCGCAUUGGAUGCCUCCUUGAAGGAUCCUGUCGCGCGUCCCCGACCGCUUUCUGUCGCCGUCUCUGUGCAAGAUAAAACCAAGCAGUCAAACCCCACGCUUAAUGACAAACUACGCAUUAUAGAUUACUACCGAGAGCAUGAAGGCCUUCCUGGAGUUACUCAAGCCUCGGAAGUUCAACAUUUCCGUAUCGAAUACCUUACUCUUAGCCAAUCGACGCUCUCAAGUUACCUCUCUCGCGAGAAGGAGAUUCGAGAAUACAUUGACAAGAACCCGAAUCGACUAACAUACAAGAAGCCUACUCGGGUUGCCCUCUCGCAAAUCGAACUCGCGUUGACUGAGUGA